GUAGUUUCGUUAUGACAAGUCGUUCUGAAUGUUUGUCAAAUUUAACGAUUUGAAGGCGAAAAAUACAAAUCAAAACUGAAAUUUGCAUCGCAAUGUCAAAAGCGGGUGUCGACGCAGUACAAACUUGAGUAAAUCUGAAAUCCGCGGCUCUCAGAAAGCCCCGAAUAGCAAGUAUCUUGCGUAGGCUGGGCAAUGAUAUUGUCGAAGGGUAAAGUAUUAUUUGUGAACGAACUUGUCGUGGAUGUGGAGUGCAAUUUCAAAGAUUUUCACGAAAAACUCUAGUAUUAGUAACGUGCAAAGUGGCGAGAAUACGUCGGGCGAAAUGGACCGCGGAGAAAGACGGAUUGCAGACAUGGAUGAUACAUUCGUGAGCAAACUGGCAAAACAGAGAGCGUCCAUGAAAUGGCUUCUUUCAAAAGCAUUCAACAACAAGAUUCCCGAAAAUCUAAGGGAACCGUUUUAUAGAGAUCAUGAGAAUCAAGAACAUCUGAAACCCCAGAUAGCCGGGGGUUUGGCAAGCGCGGAAAUCUAUUGCUUGGCUCUCGGCAACAUAUACUCGGAUCCUAACUACCAUAACCUCAAUCACUGGGCCAUUUUACAGACGUUAGCGAGGAAAGGGGUGAAUGAACCGUCAGACGUUCAGCUCACAGAAACCACCCUGAUACAGACGAAUCCUCUUCGAAUGGCCGCGCACAUGGCAGUCAUAGAAAUGAUAAUGUCUCUGUAUACCAAAGAGGUGGUGACGCCCGAGAGGAUUCUGGCUACGGUGCAAAGGUUCAACCACGGCAGGGCGCCUACGCCUUCCGUUCCCGAGAACCACGAACAGGGGUUGCUGUUGUGGGUGUCUCACGCUUGCGACGCUCUUAGGAAAAGAAUAGAGCAGGAAACAGACGACAAGGGCAUCAUGAACGGAGGAGAGAUAUUCAGUGUUAUUUCUGUUCAUGUGCAUAUUUAUAUUCUAAAACCCCUCAAUUUUAGUGACUUGUGCGAUGGAGUCGGUCUGGCGGCUCUCAUCUCCUACUAUUGCCCUGACGAACUGCACUGGACCGAGAUCAGGAUAUCGUGCGUGCCUUCAGUGCAGGACAGCCUCUACAAUCUGAGGUUGCUGCACGAUUUCUGCUCCAGGUGUUUGCCGACUUCCAUUUACCACCUGAUGCCCGAAGACGUAACGUAUAUGCGAGGUUCUAUGACCCAAAAUCUUAUAGUGUUCCUCGCCGAUCUUUUUAACGUCAUAGAAAUUAACCCAGCCAAAUGUGUGCGGUAUCCAGGAAUGGAUAAAUUCAGUAACGACGGGUUGCCCUCGAGCAAUGCGCACGGGGUGAUGCAUAAACGUAACCUGCUCCAGACCGUGAUGGCUCCCAUUCCGGAUCUGCGAAGCGGUAUCGAUGACCCCGCAGAUCCUUCCGCUUUCCAAGGUAAUCUCUAUCUACUACUUUGCGAUAUCAUCGAUGUGAGGAUGACAUUGGUCAGCAAAGAAAAGCACAAUAACGACAGCAAGGCCGACGAAAGGGGUGAAAUUGCUGCGGGAAGGCCGAGUAAUUGGGAAGAUACGAGGAAGCCUACUUAUGCGGGAAGGAGAAGCAGACGAAAUUCUACUUCUGACGAUUCGCAAUUGACGAUUGAAAAUUUCGGAGGUAGUCAAGACAAUUUGAAUUUCAUCGGCAGGAAUCCGGAUAAGGAGGUCGCUGUUCAUAUUGGUCGAAAAAUUUCCGCUCCCUCUUUUCCUACACCCAUAGAAAAUGCCCCUACGAGAUCGACCUAUCAAGACGCCAGAGGUUCUUUCCAGUUGGGCUACGAUAAUGGCUAUGAAGAAAAGCAAGACAAUGGUACUGAAAAAUUUAAGCUCAAACGGCAGCUUAGCAGCGAUGACAUCGCCUUCAGAAAAAUCGGUGCUAAUCUCGGUGCGGACAGAGAGAACAUCAUAAUGAAAGACCUGGUAGACGGUGAAGUGACUAAGAAGUUGAGUUUCGCCGAUUUGGGAAAGCAGAAAGUUCAAGGGGAAAGCAAGGCCAUCCAACUCGUUUAUAUGAAUGAUAAGGAGGAAUAUCCUUCGAAAUCUAGUUUUUAUAAUAAAUUAGGCAACGCCAACAGCAACGAAAAGAAAACAACAUUUGCAACACUGCCAAAUACAACCACUUGGCAACAACAAAGUACGCAGAAUCAACAAAGUGGAGAAAAUAAUGCUGAUGAAACUAUUUCUCCUAGUAAUGUUAUGAAUGUACAGCUAACAGAUAUUCGAAUGAAACUUGAAGAGAAACGAAGACACAUAGAAAGCGAAAAGCGGCGAAUGGAAAUGGCGAUGAACAAGCAGAGGCAGAAAGUUGGAAAAGCUGCUUUUCUACAAGCUGUCGUUAAGGGAAGAGGUAAUUUACUUAAAACGCCAACCGACACAGAGUCUAAUCCUAACUCUGCUGAGGGCUCUGAAACACAAAGCCCCUCAACCGAAUCUGCUCCCACACCAAAAUCCCAGAGGCCAGUAACCUUAAAGGAAAUUGAUGACAUCAAUAAUGUCGAGGGGAUUUGGCCAAAUGAUGGCCAUCCGUAUGUCGAGACGAGAAAGACACCAGACAUGGACAACAUGGAUUUGGAACAGUACCAAAGAUCCAUUGCUCAAAUGAAUACUAGUCUACACGAUAUCCAGUCAGAUAUGCAGAGGUUAGCUUCGCAACAGAACCACGCCCAGCAGCAACACCAGCAGAACCUUAUAGCCCAACAGCAAAGACAGAUACUCGCUCUCCAACAACAGCAAUACCAGAGUAUCCAGUCUCAGUCUCCUAUGAUACCUCAAUACACCUCUCAGCCGUCUUACCAGCCUCAAAUGUAUCAACCUCCUCAACAAGUAUAUGCGUCGCCAUUGCAAUCAUCCGCCAGUGCACCCCACAUACCUCAAGCUCUCUACGCCCAACAACGGAUACAAGAGCAACCGCAGUUCUUCCUACACGAACCGGCUGCGCCCAUGUCUCCAGUCCCUCCGGUCACUCCGCAGAGGAGGACUUGGGCCCAGCAACCACAACCGCCUCCCAUUCCCAUGGAGUCAUAUCAUCAGCCUGAACUGAGGACAUGGAACAAACCUCAGAGCACCGGCGGAGGUUUUGUUCUGCACGACACAGAUAGAUAUGACACAAGGUAUCAAGAACAACCAAGAUAUCAAGAGAGCAACCGUUACUCGGAAAGUCCCCGUUACCAAAAUGGCGGCGGCGAAGAACACCCUCUCCAACACUCGAGCAGUUUCACAUUGAGCCAACAGCACCAUCAUUCCCAUUACGGCACUUCUCACAGUACUCCUUCUGCCUCCCCGCAGCAUAGGAAUAUUCACAGACAAAUCUCCCAGCUGCUGGACGACAGUAAACGAGCUCCCGUCAGUUUGCAACAAAUGGAUAAUCGAGAACCACCCCAGCGGAAAAGUAGCAUCACCCAUGCUCCGAUUCCGGCGCCACCUCCCGAUGAUAUGGAACCCCAGAAUAUUUCUUUCAUUGGCAAUGCUGCUGACAAGCUUAGUGAAGGUCUCAGCAGACUCAACAUUACUUCAGGCAGCAGAACUUACAGGAUACCGUCCCCCACUCGACCCGCCAUCACGCGCAACUCGUUUCAACCGUCUCCGUCUCCUCCGAAUCUAGAACCGCCUCCGAUCGGCGAAGUGAGCAGUCUCGACAACGAUCCUUCCACUCAGAAAGGCUUCUACAUCAGCUUCGACGACGAUCAACCCAAACGGCCUAAGCCUCCUCUCAGGACGAAACGGAUGUCUCCAAAGAAAGAAAGGAGCUACGUCGAGUCACCGGAGGAGGCGAUUGAGAGAAGGGAAGAACAGCAAAGACAAGAGCUGAAGAAACGACUGGAGAGGGAAUUGGUAGAAGAGAAAUUGAGGAAUGAGGAAGAGGAUCGAAGGCGGCAAGCUCUGAUUGAACAAGAAAGAGAGAGGUUGAGGGCCAAACGAGAAGCUAGUCAGGAAAGGCAGAAAGUCAAUGCUGCCAGUGCUAUUAUUAUAGGAAAUGAUUUGAGCAAUCCCGAUCCGGACUUGGAUUACGAGAGGGAACGUAAAAAAGAAAAAAUAAUGAUGUUGUCACUUCAAAGGAGACAGCAGCAAGAGGAGGCUAAAGCACGGAAGGAGGCAGAAGCGCAAGCUAAGAAAGAACAGGAGAAAAUGAAGGAGGAGGAAAAGGCUAGGAAGAAAGAGGAGCAGGUUGCUAGGCGUCAGGCCAUUUUCGAGCAGUAUAAAUUGAAGAAAGCGUUAGAGGAAGCAGAGAGGGAGGGCAAAACUUUGGAUAGAGCAGAACUUUCGUCUCUCAAACCUGCACCUAAAAUGAGACCCAAAGGUAAUACUAGACCCCGUCCUAAAACAAUCCACAUCGAUAGCGGUUCAGUCCAAAUGGCAGAAGGGAUGUCUAGUAGAGGGAAGAAAGGGUCUUCUUCAAAUCUUGCUUAUGCUCCAUCCACCAUGAAACGAGAUUACUAUAGAGGUUCACAAGACAGCUUAGCUGACAGAAGCAUGAGCAGCGGCAUGUUGUAUAAAGAUUCGCCUGACGACAGCAGGGGUAUGUCCCCCUGUCACAGUGCCAACCAGACUUUGGGACGGCGGAGUUCGUACAAAACCAGCAGAGACCCCUCUCCUGCUCAGGUACGCGGCAGACCUAAGUAUUCAGCUUAUCAAAACUUUAAAGGGCGCAAGUCUAGCUCUAUGAUGAAUUUGUACGGCUCCAGCACGGAUCAAGAUAGUUUAGCAUAUCGAUUUGGUGAUACAGAUUCGGGCCUAGGUCGCGCCACACCUCCAAGGCGAGCGCCAUCUCCUGGAAUGAGCAUGAGACAUCUCACGUCACCUUCUGGUCCUGGCAGCUUACCUGGUCUCAUGUCAAAAGGCAGGAGGAUGUUUGACGAUGGGUCUAGUGAUAUUAGUUCGACUCCUAGUAGUAUGAUGGAUUAUAAUGGUCCACGAUUAUAUAAGCAACCUGCCAUGAAAUCGAAUCGUAGCAUAAUGCUUAAUGCCGUAGAAUAUUGUGUUUUCCCCGGUGUCGUGAACAGAGAAGCCAAAAAGCGAGUUCUCGAAGAGAUCAACCGAUCCGAGAGCAAGCAUUUCCUUAUCCUGUUCCGUGAUGCUGGUUGUCAGUUUAGAGCUCUCUAUUCGUAUUGCCCCGAAAGGGAGGAAAUUACGAAACUUUACGGAACCGGUCCCAAGCAAGUUAAUGACAAAAUGUUUGAUAAGUUUUUCAAAUAUAAUUCAGGAGGGAAGUGUUUCUCACAAGUUCACACAAAACAUUUGACUGUGACUAUAGAUGCUUUUACGAUCCAUAACUCGUUAUGGCAAGGAAAGAAGGUCAAUCUCCCGAACAAAAAAGAUAUGGCUCUGGUUAUUUAAGUGAAUGAAAGUCUAAAAAUUGUUGUUAAUUAGUCAUCUAAUAUUAUUACGUAUUAUUUUUUGUUAAUGCUUUAUUAAAUGUUAUACUUUUUUGUUUCGAGCAAAUUCGAACAAAUUUUACAUAAUAUUGAAUGAUUGAUUUUCUAAAGUAUUUUACUGCGCAAUUAUUUGUUUAUUAUGCCAAUGAUGCAAGGUCUGAGAUAUUAGAUGUAUCCCCCUUUUACCAGAAUAUCUGUUGAUUUCACUUUAUUUUCUUUUUUGUAUUAUGUGCCUUCUGUAUGUAUAUUUAGGUAUUUCCUGUAGUAUUUUUACAUUUAUUUUUUUUGUGAAGAGUGAAGCUUUUUAUUUGUGCCAAUGGAACACCUCGAAAUUCUUAUCACAAAAAAGGAUAUGUGCUACGUGCUUAUUGUACGCUAUUCUGUCCAUGGAGAGAAACAAUAAAAUUUUCUUAUUAGUGUCA